AUGGAUUCAAGAUACCUAUCUUUUAUCAGCAUCAUCGUUCUCUCAAUGUUCUCUUUUUUCACCUCAUCAACAUCUGAAGCAGAAUUUCUUCCGUUCACAAUUUCGUCCAAUAAAUUCGUCCAUAGGGCAUGGCUCGAUGGCGACAACGUCAACACAGAAACGACAUCUUCUCCAGCAAAAAGCCCACUCCCGUCUCCAAAGCCUGCUCCAAAGAGAGACGACGAUAUUCCUGAAUCAUCACCAUCACCAUCACCAUCGCCAGUAGACAGACCAACCCCUAGAGCGCCUGCACCAUCGCCGGUUUCGAGAGGCGCGCAGAUUCCAAAACCGUCACCUUCUCAAGACUACGGCCCAGUUCCAGCACCAGCUCCAGCUCCAGCAAAGAGGCCAAUUCCAGGGGGAGAAUGGCAAGUUUUACAAAACUUCGUAGGCGUGUCCGCCAUGCACAUGCAACUCUUCCACAACAACAAGGUAGUGAUCUUCGACAGCACCAACUUCGGCCCUUCCAACCUCUCUCUCCCUAAGCACAGGUGCCUAGAGAAGGAUUACUUGAAUCAAAAAAAGCCUGCCAACAUUGACUGCACUGCCCAUUCAUUCCUUUACGACACCGCCACCAACACUUACAGACCCCUCUUGGUGCAUAGCAACGUGUGGGCUUCUUCCGGGGCGAACGACGAUGAUGGCAUCCUCGUGCAAUCCGGCGGCUACAACCACGGAUCGAAAAAGAUACGCAUAUUCAGGCCAACCAACGGUGAAACUUGUGACUGGCUCGAGGUUAACCAGAUGCUGAGGCAGGGUAGAUACUACGCAACCACUCAAAGCCUUCCCGAUGGGCGGAUUAUCGUGGUGGGAGGCCACGCAGCUUUCAGCUACGAGUUCUUUCCCAAGGCUGCAGUUUCUCCCGGAGGAGACCUUUACAGUCUUCCUUUCCUGAAAUCAACCUUCGACCACAUCGAAGUCAGCAAUCUUUACCCUUUCUUGCACCUCUUACCCGAUGGAAACCUUUUCAUUUUCGCAAACAGACAUUCCAUAUUAUUAAACUACAUGAAGCAUGAGGUUGUGAGGAAGUUUCCUCCCAUCCCAGGAGCAAGGCGGUCGACUCCGCUGACGGGUUCGUCUGUGUUGCUGCCAUUGAAUUUGACCGGCGUCAGGGAUAACCCAAUUUCUAUCGAGUCACUAGACGCGGAGGUGAUGAUAUGCGGCGGUGCAAAGGGUGGAGCCUACGUAAAGGCCUCCAAGGGUGAACACGUGUUGGCCUCGACGACUUGUGGGCGGCUGAAGGUGACGGAGAAAGAACCCAAGUGGGUGAUGGAAAAAAUGCCCCUCCGCCGGGUCAUGCCCGAUAUGUUACUGCUGCCCACCAGUGACGUUAUCAUCGUGAAUGGUGCAAAAAGAGGAUCAGCCAUGUGGGAGAUGGCGGACGACCCGGUUCUCCACCCGGUUCUCUACGUGGCCUGCGAACCCGACCCGAGCAGACGAUUUAUCGUGAUGAACCCCUCCUCAACUCCGAGGUUGUUCCAAUCCUCAGCCAUCUUGAUGCCAGAUGGCAGGAUAUUAGUGGGCGGAAGCAAUCCCACCGGGAGCUAUAAAUUUCAGGGGGUAAAAUAUCCAACUGAUACGAGCCUGGAAGCCUUUUCCCCGCAUUACUUGGACCCACAAUUUGAUGAUGUACGGCCUUCAAUUCCUUCCAUCGAGGGGGCCCCAGGAAAUGUGAAUGUGAUAUCCUACGGCCAGCAGUUGUCUGUGAAGUUUGAUCUGAAGCAUUUGAAUCCUGGUCGAGGGUUUGACGUAAACUUGAUUGCACCAUCAUUUACAACGCACUCCUUUGCGAUGAAUCAACGGCUGUUGGUGUUGGACUGUGCUGGUGUAGAGGAGAUUUCAAAUGGGGUGUACAAUAUGACGGUGUAUGCGCCACCAACCAAAAACAUUGCGCCCCCGGGCUAUUAUAUGAUGUUUGUGGUCCACGAUGGUAUUCCAUCGCCUGGGGCCUGGGUCAAAUUGGAAUAG